AUGGUCCCAUUUCGUCGAGGAAUGACGCCCAGUUUUCGUCAAUCCUGGCAUAUUACUUCAAUUCCUGAAGCUGAAAGUAUAAACAUUCAGCCAACUGUAAUUUUAGAGAAUAAUAUGCCUACUGCUAAAUCUCGUUUAUCAGUUAUCAUUGGAAAAUAUAAUAAUUUCUCUAAAAUAUUAGAAAAUGAAGAAGAACUUUCAAAUUUGCCUACCUCUCUUAAUGAAGUUCAGGAAAUGAAAAAUUCUAUGAAUCAUUCACCUUCUACUCCCUCUACGCUUUCAUUUUCUAAAGAUCAUAAGGAAAUUGAUUUAACCCCUCGUCCGGCAUCAAUGCCCAUUAUAUUAAAUAAUGAUGAAACUUUUAAUAGUGAAGAAUCUAACGUUACUUUGCAUGAUGAUCUUCGAAAGAUUGAAGCUAAAGAAAUGGAAUUGGAAUUUUCCAAAAAUCGGUCAACAUUUUAUUCAGUAUCCAAUUCUAAUCAAAGUAUUCGAUCAACUGUACGAAAUAAAGAUAAAUUUAAUGCACGAUUGUCUAAAGCUUCAAUGCGUUUAAGCUUAAAUACCAGGAUGCAAAGAAGAUUGAAUAUAGCUUUGGAAAUUAUAAAUACUGAACGAAAUUAUGUGGAUUGUUUAUUACUUAUACAAAAUUUAUUCCUCGAUCCACUUAGAAAAUCUUUACGAACGGAAAAUCAAAUUUUAACAAAAAAAUCUAUCAAAGAUCUUUUUGCCAAUAUUUUGGAUAUAAUCAAUGUUAAUUCUGAGUUGUUGAAAAGAUUAGAGGAGAGAGUAGCGGGUCCCUUUGAUGAAGAAGUUGAAGAAACUGAAUUUGAAUUUUGGAAUCCUGAGAAUGAGGCAUACUUACUAAUGCCAGUACAAAGGAUUCCAAGAUAUAAAAUGUUAUUAGAAAAUUUAUUAAAGAUAACAACCGAGAGUCACCCUGACUAUCUUAAUUUAAUUAAGGCGUAUCAAAUCAUAGAGAGCGUUGCUACAUUUGUGAAUGAAACGAUACGUCAACAUGAGAUGUUUGUUACUAUGCUUGAGAUUCAGAAAUCAUUGGCAGGAUUUGAUGAAGCAUUAUUGGUUCCUGGAAGAAGAUUUAUUAAGAGGGGGACUGUAAAGAAGAUAUGCCGUAAAAAUCAUCAAGAACGAGAAUUCUUUUUAUUUUCAGAUCUUUUAAUAUAUGCAAGUCGACUAAAUUUAAUUGAUAAUAUGUACACGUUUCAUCGUAAAAUUGAUUUAGAGGAUUUGAUGGUAUUACAUGCAGAAAAACAAGAUGAGAAAAAUGCAUUUCAAAUUAUUAGUCCCCAAAAAAGUUUUACAGUUUAUGCAGAUACUCCCCAGAAUAAAGAAUCAUGGAUAAAUGUCAUUAGAGAGACAAAAGAUGAAUAUUUAAGUGCCAAGAGAACAUUAAGGAUUGAUGGCACGGUACAGUUGAAAAGAAAAGAUUCACAUCAGAAAAGAAUUGUUGAAAGUUAUCUUGCACCUAUUUGGAUUCCUGAUUCCAAAGCAGACAAAUGUAUGAAUUGUUCUGAAGAAUUUACAAUCUUUAAAAGGAAACAUCAUUGUCGUGCAUGUGGAAAAGUGGUCUGUCAUGACUGUUCUACGAGGAAUUUUACCAUACCCGGAACAAGUGAACGCGAAGAUCAAUUAGCUCGCGCUUGUGAUGCUUGCUUCUUUACUAUGUUUCCUGAUGCACAUAGAGAUGAAGAUAAAACAUCCAGAACUCGUGUUUUGAACCAAACUACUUCAUCCAAUACUUUAUCUAAUACUUUGUCAAAUACUUCAUCCAACAAUUUGUCAAAUACUACAUUCAAUAAUACAAUCUCAUCAAUUAAAUCUAUUGAUAAUUCGGAACGAGAGAGUCAUGAUCCUGAUCCUAAAAUUAAAGAUAAAAUUAGAUCAAUUCACGAUGCAAUUGUGGCCAAAAAUUGUGAAUUAUGUUUAGUAGAUUUUAAUGUAUUCCGAUGGAGGAAUGAAUGUGGAAAAUGCAAGAAAAUUCUAUGCACCGAUUGUCUCACCAAGAAACCGAAUAAUGAUUUAACACCGACCAAUUCCAAUCGACGUUUCAGUAUGAUCUAUAGUUUUCGAUUAUGUGAUUUUUGUCAUUUGGGUCUUGAUCCAAAUCGCGUAAAUCGCGUAAAACAUGAUGAACGUGACGGUGGAGGACUCACUAUUAAUUAUCAGAUAUCGCCGCCUUUAUCGCCAAAGAGUCCUUAA